GCAACAGAAGACAGCAAGCCAGGAAGAGGCGGCAAGGGGACGACUAAAUGAAAAUUCACCUAGCUACAUCGACUGUCGUUUUAGGAAAGUGCCACCCUCCCCUUCAAUAUUUCCAGUAUUUUAUAAGCAACAAACGUUACAGUUAAAAAAUAGGUCGCUAGUAAAAUCCUAAAAUAGCGAGGAUGUUGGUCCCCGCGGGAAGAUAAUGAAGCGGUUGCGCGUUUUGUUCGUGUGCCUCAUUGUAGCUCUCCUUUGCUGGUACCCCAGAAGUCAUGUUUGUUGUUCAGAGCACAGCUCGUCAGGUCCAGGUGUGUCUAGUGGAGACAGCAGCCCCCCAGAGCAUCUUCAUGACCAUGAGCAGUACCACAGGACGGACCACAAGAUGGAGGAGAAGUCGAGGACACACACACAAUCCUCCUACGACGUGGGACUGGAGACAGAGAGGGCUGCACUAGAGGAGCCCAACACACACAACACUGAACAGACUGUGAAUCAGGAGGAGCCUGUAGUGGAAGAGGUCUGGUCAGCCCCAGAACCACACACUGAUCCUGAAGCCCCCGCUGCUGCUGCUGAGCCACGCACACAAAUCACACAGCCUCACACACACACCCACACACACCCAGAUCCCGAUACACAACCCCCUCCCCUCCAGGACCAGGCAACUCCACCCUCCUCCUCCACCCCACCGCCCAGCGAUGACCUAGCCCAGGACCAAGCCUCCACAGACCCCCCGGCCGAGACCCCCAGUGAUGCCCUGGCAGAACCCAUCCCAGCCCCUGCCAAAGAAGACCCCCAACACACACCUACCUCUACCUCUCACAUCCCUUCCCCAGCCAGUGACCCAGUAGAGAGCCAGUCAGAGCAGGAUCAAAUUCAGGCUGGUCCAGGUUCUGAUACUGAUGUCCAGGCAUUUCUCAGCCCAGAGGACCAAGACCAGGACCAAGGUCUACCAGAACUGGACCAGGGGGGAAACACCUCCUACAGGCACCAAGACACAGACCAAGACCAGCAGGCAGUGGAUGCCAGCGGUAGGGAGACGGACCCCUCAGUGCCCAGUAAGGAGGACAUCCCAACCUUCGACGAGUGGAAGAAACAAGUCAUGGAGGUGGAGAAAGAGAAGACUCUGUCCCUCCAUACUUCCUCAAGUGGAAGCCCCCCUGUGAAGAAGGUGCAGAAGAACUUUAAAAACAACUAUGCUUCUGUGGAGUGUGGAGCGAAAAUAUUGUCAGCUAACACAGAGGCCAAGAGUACGUCAGCUAUCCUCAUGGAGAAUAUGGACCUGUACAUGCUGAACCCCUGCAGCAACAAGAUCUGGUUUGUGAUAGAGCUUUGUGAGCCCAUCCAGGUGAAACAGUUGGACAUCGCUAACUUUGAACUCUUCUCAUCCACGCCUAAAGACUUCCUGGUCUCCAUCAGCGACAGGUAUCCCACCAACAAAUGGGUGAAGUUGGGAACGUUCCAUGCCCGUGACGAGCGCACCGUCCAGAGCUUUCCAUUGGACGAACAGCUCUACGCCAAAUACAUCAAGAUGUUCAUCAAGUACAUAAAGGUGGAGCUCAUCUCCCACUUUGGAUCAGAACACUUUUGUCCCCUCAGCCUCAUCAGGGUGUUUGGUACCAGUAUGGUGGAGGAAUAUGAAGAGAUUGCAGAUUCUCAGUACCCCUCAGAGAGGCUGGAAUACCUUGAUGAGGACUAUGACUACCCUCCUGGGUACCUUCACUCUGAGGACAAGGGGUCUAAAAAUCUGCUGGGCUCUGCCACAAAUGCCAUUCUCAACAUGGUCAACAACAUAGCAGCCAACGUUCUGGGAGGCAAGCCUGAGGAGGGAGGAGCACAGAUAGAAGCCAAUGCAUCAUCAGAAGCCCAGAACGAGACCGAGGGGAACAAAGAUGUACCGCUCACCCCAACUCCUACCCCCACCACUCCUCCUCCAGCCGUGGAGACGGUGAAGCCAGACUACCCUGCUCCCCAGGAGGACCCUGAGGUCCCCCUCUCCUCCCCUGACUCCCCCCUGCUUCCCCCCUCCCUGGAGGAUGGACAGAUCGUGACUCUGGUAGAGGAGGAGGAGGAGGAGCCCCCACAGUCCACUGUCACUCUGAUGGAGGAAGAGGGGGAUGAUAAUGAGGAGGAGGAGAGAGAGGAACAGUGGAUGAGGGAGAGGGAGAGCCACCUGUACUGUCCUCUCUCUUCCACCUCUUCCCUUUCUUCUCUCUGUUGUAUCUCCUGUGUGGCCACACUGCCAGAGUUGCUACAGCGCUGGUGUAAUGCUCACCUCUCCAGAGAGAGGCAGCAAGACAUACAUACACACACCCCCAUACAGGUCCCUGUCCCUACCCCCACACACACCCAGGAAGCCCCAACACACACAGAGACGGUCCCUGAGCCUGAGACUGCCCCCCAGGCCCAAAACGAGGGACUACCCUCUUUAGACUCACACAAUCACACCCCUCACACAGACACACACCCCGUGGACCCCAUCAUUGUGCUGGAGCCUAGCCAGACCUCUACCCUGCCCCCCCACAGCCUCUCUCUCACCUCCCUCUCCAAACCCACCCCUAUCCAGGACGAAGCUCCCCAGCCCCCUAGCCAAGAAGACCCUGUCCCCCCUCCAGCCCCGCAGGAAGCCCCCGUCCCAGAGACCCAGCAGGCCAGCACCCCCACCCCUACUCUCAGCCCCACCGCUCCCCUACACCUACCAAGCUCUGAGACAGCCUCCCUGGACCUCCCUCCACCCCCCCUGAAGGAGCAACCAGUCCAGCCCCUUCCCACAGCUUCUAGACCUGCAGACAUCCCCCCUCCCACCGAGCUCCCUGUGUCCUCCCAGCCCGACAUAAACACAGAGCCACACACACCCAGGGCUGGGGCAGUGAGUGGAGACAUCCAGGGCCAGGGGGAGCAGGGCGACUCUUCUGCCCAGCCAGCAGAACACCUACGUGGGGAAGAGUCCGUGGAGGACCUACUGCUUAGCGUCCCGGUGACCGCUAACGGACAUUUACACCGGGCGGCUACAGACUUCUACGCUGAGCUGCAGAGCGCGGGGGAGUACGUUGGAGGGAUGAACGGAGGAGUGAACGUGCACGGCUCCAGUCAGAAGGAGAGUGUGUUCAUGAGGUUGAACAACAGAAUCAAAGCCCUGGAGAUGAACAUGUCCCUCAGCAGCAGAUACCUGGAGGAACUCAGCCAGAGGUAUCGUAAGCAGAUGGAGGAGAUGCAGAGAGCGUUCAACAAGACCAUCGUCAAACUGGAGAACACCUCCCGCAUCGCUGAAGAACAGGACCAGCGGCAGACAGAGUCUAUCCAGAUGUUACAGGGUCAGCUGGAGAACGUCACCAAGUUGAUGAUCAACCUCACCAUGACUGUCUCACAGCUACAGAGAGAGGUGUCUGACCGACAGGGUUACCUGGUGGUGUCUCUAGUCCUGUGUCUCUGUCUGGGCCUGGUGCUCUGCCUGCAGUGCUGCCGGAGCUCCAACACACACAGUAACACACACACCGCAGCCAAUCACUACCCCAGCCCCAAGAGGUGUUUCUCCUCCUAUGAUGAUUUGAGUCUGAAGCGGAGGGUAUCGUGUCCUCUCGUACGCUCCAAGUCCUUCACGUUUCCUACUUCAGAAGUAGGCCCUGACGACCUUUACAUUGUUGAACCAUUAAGGUUCUCACCAGAGAAAAAGAAGAAACGAUGUAAAUUGACGGCAGCAUUAUCAGCCCCCUCUUCUCCGAUGGCUAACGGGGGACUCCAAUGCAACGGUCUCCCCCACUCCCUGAAUCCCCCUCCUCCUCCCCCUCUAGAAGACAUGUCCUGUAAGGAGCUCCCCUUCCCUUCAGAGAGCAGCAGCUGUAGCUCCUCCACCCACUCUGAGGAGUCCUUCAUCAGCCGAGGCCAUCCCCUCUCUUCCCCCCCAGGCCUAUGUAAUGGCCAUGCUGCCCUGCCCCUCCCGUCCUACCUUCCCUCCCUCCCCCCCUCUAAGAGGUCAGUGAAGCGCCGGCAGUCUCGUCAGGCAGAUCUGCAGUUCUCCUCCAGACAGACAGGAGGCGCUGCUGUGAACUCUCUGCAGAGCCUGCAGCAGCUGAUCAAGGGAAACAAGGAGAUCAGUGUGGGGACCAUAGGAGCCACGGCAGUCACAGGACACGUCUGAUCACACACACACUUCAGACUGACUCUAUAUAUAUAUAUAUAUAUAUAUAUAUAUAUAUAUAUAUAUAUAUAUAUAUAUAUAGCACCCGGGCCCACAGUGGAACUCAGACACCAUGAUAUUAGUCGCCCAGCAUCAGCCAGUCAGAGACCUUUCCACGGUCAUGUGCCUUUCUGUCCACUCUAAAGCUUUCACUGAUAUAAAAAAAAAAAACACUCAAAGGAUUGUUCUUUUUAUUUUCGGAGCGAGACUAAUGGUGGGGAGUGUUAUAAGAAAACAGAGACAUUCUUUGAGCUGUUUCUACUGGACAAGCACAUUGCUCCAUCAGACCUGGGCAUCAGGGGCUUGUACUCCAGCCCUGUGCCCAGAGGAGAGGGGCUGAGUAGAGCUCUUAUCUGAGCCCUGCCUCUCCUGGGGCCUGUGAAAGUACAGUAUGAAGCUGUAAGGAUGAAAUGUGUCGCAUUGAGAGAACUGUGCAGCAGGAUUAGCUACUUCUUUAAACUCUCCCUCUUUCCUCCUGUCCUCCAUUUCCACAUUAUUUUCAUUCUGUGUAUUGUUCAGCGCUAGCUAACACUACUGCAGUUGUUCGUAUGGGACCAGGGUGUUAACCCUUCACACAACACAGGCCCUCUGUCUCCCUUUCUCAGGCAGUCUAACCUAACACAACACAACCAGCAGAGCUGAAUGAAGAUGCAUAUCUAAUGUGUGUGUGGACGUUGGUGCGUGUGUGCAUGCAAGCGUUCCUGUCUCUGAUACAAAGGAACAGGCUCUAUAACUCUUCAACUAGUUUACAUAGCUAUUCUCCAGUCAGACCUCCAAGGGUGUGUGUGUGUGUGUAUAUAUGUAUGUGUAUAUAUAUAUAUAUAUAUAUAUAUAUAUAUAUAUAUAUAACACACACACACACAGCGAGCCAGCCAACAGGAAAGGGAUCUUGUACUGUAUAAGCUGGUUGUUUUUGCACAUUGUGGCAGAUAGACUCUGCCGCCAGAACCCAGUCAGAGUUAGAUAGGUUGUUUUUAUAUUGAGCUGUACAUGAGCCAUGCUGAGAGCUGAAUGUUGUGUGUUAUUAUAGUUGUUAGGAACAGUUUAGUCUGAAUAUGUCAGUGUGUUAGAGCACACACACCCACUGUGGGUAGAAGUUGCCUUUAGGCACUUAUCUAGGAUCGGCUUUCCCUCCCCAAUUCCUAAUGUUAACCAUUCAAAUCAACAGUGCAAUGCAACACUAACAUUUAGAUCAGUGUCACGGGGUAAUGUCACUUGAGAGCAGAUCCCCUGAGGUCCCCUGAGGUCCUCACGCUGUGAGGCCAGUUGUAUUUAUCUAGUUAUUUAUGUUCUGGCCUCAAAACAACCCUAUCAUACUGUAGCCCAGGGGUAAACACAGACAUACAUGGUACAUGUUACAGAGAAUAAUAAUGAUUGCAAUUAAAACACACACAAAGGUAAAUGUAUUGUACGUAGCAUUUUACUGUCGCAUACUGUGUGAUUUUCACUGGUUGCCCGACACUAGUUAGUUAACACAUGUUGGUUGUUGUUCACCUCCUUUGUGUUAAUUAGACCUCUACCAGGGUACAGAGGGCUGUACUGUAACAGUCCCAAUAAUAACUGCUGGGGUCGUAUGAGACUGAAUAUUGUUCAAUACCAACCAGCUUCACCUCACGAGUUAGUGUUAUGAGUCCUUUGGGAAGAUGAAGUUAAAACAAGAAAUGUUUGAAGUCAAAUUUUCUCUGUAUGUGUCUCUAAAUGUCUGUGCAAGGAUGUGAUUGACACGGCAUAAUGAUAAAUUGCAGAUGUCAAAAAUCACAUCUCUGUGUACUAUAUCUGUGUCUAGUAUGCCUGUGGGUAGUAUGUCUGUGGGUGUGAUCUGAUAGCCUCUGAGCUGUGUUGGGUUGGUUGACUGACUGAGAAAGAGAGACUGGGCCCACUGUAUUCCACACACCACACACCCUCUACAGUAUGCCUCCAUUACCUCUACAGACCAGCCACCCAGGUCCCCUACUCCACACCGACCUCUGACCCCUACAAAGGUCAGGGUUCAGAAAGUGUGAAGAGAGCUCUUUUAGUGCAUCUGUUUUAAUUUAACCACUUCUGUUCCCAUUACAUUUGACAUUUUAGUCAUUUAGCUGACGCUCUUAUCCAGAGCAACUUACAGUUAGUGAGUGCAUACAUUACCAAGAACAGCACCUUUAACUGGCCACCUCUGCUAUCCUUACUAGCUGUCAUUCAUUCAUUAAUGUGUUUAUUACUGUACAUACACCCCACCUCGAAUAAGGUAGUGGUUUUCAGAGGAGUCUGACAGGAACUUAUGAAUUCAAUAAAGGGAAUGUUGGGAAAGAGUUUGGAACACACUGUUUUAUCUGAUGACAAGUAUUCCACACCCAGUGAAUCAUGACCCUCUUCUUUGUUUUUCUACCCUUUUUGAAUGUGUAUGAUAUUAUAUGUGAGUGUAAGUGUGUAUGCACGCAAGAGUGUUUGUGUGUGUGCGAAACACUCAGUGACUAGAGAUUGGUCCUCGGUGACCCCCGGGGCUCAGUGUGCCCUUUUGUUAUUAUUACUACCUUCAUGCCUUUUGUUUUUCUACACUAAACCCUGUCUGUCAACUGCUUUGUUUCCACGCUGCUUUCUCUGAGAAAGAGCUGCACAGUAUUGUGGAACAGGAGCGAGAGUAACUACAAAGAUGUAGUGCCAUUAGAAACUGUGAAUUUCUAAAUAAAACUUUUUGUUGUCUUUCA